AUGGCCCCGAUUCAUAUCGACGAGGCAACAGGCUCCGACGACACUGGCAAGGGCACGCCCGAGGCUCCCUACAAGUCCCUUGCGUUCGCUCUCUACACCCACCCUGAUGGGGCCUUCGUCAUUCGCAAAGACGCUACCGUGUCGUUCGAGGAGCCCACCCAGUCCGCAUUGAAGAAGGCUAAGAAGAGCGCGGACGGUAUCGAGAAGAAGCGUAAGAAGGCAGAGGAGCUUGCGGAGCGUGAAGCAAAGGAGUCGGCGGCCACGCGCGAGAAGAAAGAGAAGAAGUUGGAGGAAAGCAAGAAGAUUGUGCUGACGAUGGACGAGAGUCUGCCUACUCCCGUCAAGGCGAAGAUCGGGAAGCUCACUCCGCUCCGGGCGAAACGCAUCCGCACAAGUGGCUGGGUUCACCGUCUGCGCGACCAGAAAGAGAUCAUCUUCAUCGUCCUUCGCGAUGGCACCGGCUACCUCCAAUGCGUUCUCUCCGGGCAGGUCGCACAAACAUACGAUGCGCUCACGCUCACUCUUGAAUCGACGAUCGAGGUUGUCGGGACCCUCAAGGAGGUGCCGGAGGGCCAGACUGCACCAGGAGGGCACGAACUUGUUGUCGACUACUGGCGCACCCUCGGCGCGGCUCCCGGAGGCGAUGACGCGUUUACCAACCGUUUGAACGAGAAAUCCGAUCCGUCCAUCCAAGCCGACCUCCGCCAUCUCGUCAUCCGCGGCGAGACCGCGUCCGCGGUGCUGAAGCUGCGCGCCGCGCUCCUCGCCUCCUUCCGCUCCUCGCUCGUCGCGCGCGACCUGACCGAGGUCACGCCGCCGUGCAUGGUGCAGACGCAGGUCGAGGGCGGCGCGACGCUCUUCAAGUUCGACUACUACGGCCAGCCCGCAUUCCUCACCCAGUCCUCGCAGCUCUACCUCGAGACCUGCCUGCCGUCGAUCGGCGACGUCUUCUGCGUGCAGGAGUCCUUCCGGGCCGAGAACUCGCACACGCGCCGGCACCUGUCCGAGUACACCCACCUCGAGGGCGAGCUCGCGUUCAUCACCUUCGACGAUCUCAUGGACCACAUCGAAAGCGUCAUCUGCGACACCGUCGACGGCCUCCUCGCGGACCCGGUCGGGGCCGCGCUCAUCAAGCAGCUCAACCCGGACUUCCAGGCGCCCGCUAGGCCGUUCAUGCGCCUCGCGUACACAGACGCAAUAAAGUGGCUGAACGAACACGGGAUCGAGCACGAGGCGGAGGACAAGGACGGGAACGUGAUCAAGGACGAGCAGGGGAACCCGGUCAUGGUCCCGCACAAGGUCGGGGACGACAUCGCGGAGGCGGCGGAACGGCGGAUGACGGAUAUCCUCGCGCGUCCGAUCUUCCUGUACGGAUUCCCGGCGGAGCUGAAGGCGUUCUAUAUGAAGAAGAUGGAGAAGAAGGAGGGCGAUGAAUAUCCGGAUGUCGCGUUCACUGAGAGCUGCGACCUGCUGAUGCCGGGCGUUGGGGAGAUCGUUGGAGGCUCGAUGCGUAUUGCGGAUGAGCAGGAACUGCUCGCUGCGUACCGCCGGGAGGGUAUCGACCCGGAGCCGUACUACUGGUUCACGGACCAACGGAAGUACGGCACCUGCGAGCACGGCGGUUAUGGGCUUGGUGUCGAGCGUUUCCUGGCGUGGUUGGCGAACCGGUACACUGUCCGCGAGUGCUCUCUUUACCCGAGGUGGCCAGGUCGUGCUACGCCUUGA